AUGUUGCUUUGCACAUCUGCACUUGCCCUUUUGCUUCAAUCACGCUUCGGGCUGGCUGCAUCUUCCAGCAACCAGACAAAAUCUGACACUCGCUAUGCUUCACACUGGGUGGACGAACCUGACACCCGAGGGACUUGGAGCAUCAUAUAUAGCUCCUUGUUUACACUGUCUCUGUGUGUGUAUUCUGCAAUCCACUUGAAUAUACCUCCCCAUGGCGAGCACCCCAGAAGACAAUUCUGGAGAAAGGCGAAGUGGGUGUUCAUAGCCAUCGUCGCUCCCGAAUUUGUGCUCUUCUGUGCUUGGCUGCAGCUGCACCAGGCCCGCUUCGUCUGCGCUGAAUUGGAAAAAUUAAGAAGCGGUGGUCUGACCCCAGAGUCGGCAACCAGAAGACGCUUCCGGCGGUGGUUCAAAAUCUGGCGAUCCUCAGCUCAAUUCUUCCUGCCAGCCUCCGAGGAAAGGCGGCGCAUCGAUCCGGAGCAACCUCCCAAGUUGGACCCAGGGCCUUCUCCAUUUUCACUGACAUUUGGCUUCUAUGCCGUGAUGGGUGGCAUCACGUUGGACGUCUCGGAUAUCUAUGACAAUGUCCGAUUCGUUACCUUGAUGCCAGAAGGAAUCCUUCUGUUGGCUCGCGCGACGUCCUGGACUCACUUCACCGUCUCAGAGACUACGAUCCGAGACAAGAGCAAAGCUGACACCCUAGCCAAAGCCUUGGUGCUCACCCAAGUCUUGUGGACCAUUUUUCAGUCGGUCACGAGAGCUGUGUUGCAGUAUCCGGUCACUGCCCUCGAGAUUCACGUUCUCGUCCACGCAGCCUGCGCAUUAUUGAUGUACGGGGUCUGGUUUUACAAACCUUUGGAUAUUCGCGACGCGACGGUGUUGAAUUCCGAGCCGUUCAGAGACCAGCUUGCCUUGAUGCUCACCCACUUUCUGCGCCGCGAGUUCACGGAACUCGGCGGGUGCGUAGUUUCUGGUCCCCAUGCUUCGAUGGCCACCCAAAAGACGAGUCAGACAAGAGUCGGAUCAGAUGGGGAUCACCGAAUUUCUCGCCACGCCAUCUUCUCGAUGGCGCAUGAAUCUGCUUUUUUGGUAUUUGACCGCACGAAGCUCAAGACAGGACAAGAGAACAUCACCCAAGCCGACAACAUUGCAAACAGUGCAGAUCCUGAGGCGACGGUACUCUCCAACGGCAUCAGGGAUUCUGACGGCUCUGCACGACCUAGUUGUUGUGAUCGAUCACCGUUGAAUCAACAUCAAGAUACCCAAUUGCCGGGGCUUCAGGAUCAUGGAAAAGAGGAGACAUGUCGCAGCGUAUUCUCGAUACGGCCUCCCGAAAACGUUGAAGCCGUCCUGACACUUCACAGUGGACAGAGUCUCGGCACCGGUGUUGGUCCUGCUGCCAUCGACUCCGGCUACCUCGAUCUCACCUGUUUUGAAGACCAGCGAAACCCUAGUCUCCAUUGCAUACUACCACCAGAAAUGAGAGAGCAGUUUACCACACGAGCCUGGCUUCAGCUCUACCGAAUAAAAUUCGAACUCUCCCAAAAGGAUCAUACCCGAUGGGACCGUGCUGGCCGAGCCAUUGCGCAGCGGUCGAAGGCCUCUCAGGGAAACCCCAAGUCGGAAGCGGCGCCUGAACCUCAAUUCGUCUCGUUGAAAGAGCUCCAACAUCCGAUGCAUGACGUGUACUUGGGCUACGUGGUUGGGCAACGGUGCAAGAACUUCGGCCAGGCCGGAAUCGACCUCGACUAUUCCGACAGUCGGGCCGGCAGAGUCAUGUUCUGCAUCGCCGGCAUCAGCUGUGUCUACGGUUCGGUACACCUGGCCCUGUGGGACCAGGAGUUUCCCACCCCGGCGGAGAGGAUGCUGUGGAGGAUAUCCGCGGCCGUGGUGGCGGUGCCAAUCGCAAUCCCCGUCUUGCGAUGGUGUUGGCGUUUACCAGGCGACAGAACUCCGCCGCUGACUUUCUGGUGGGAAUGCCCUGCUUUCAUCCCCAAACGCGUCUGGCAAUUCCUCGCACGCGUGGACGACGGCAUUAUGAUUCUACUCAUGUCGGCCUUUGCAUUGUUCUAUCUCUUCAGCCGGUGCUACCUUGUCGUUGAGUCAUUCCUUAGCCUCCGAAGGGUUCCGGUCGGCGUCUACAAGACCGUGGACUGGUCAAGGUAUAUCCCUCAUUUCUAAGUAGAGGGUUUGAAGAAUGAGAUAGAAAGUGGCAGGACGCUUUUCAAAGCCUUUUUCUCCUCAAUCUCGCAGAAAUUGUCAUUCUUGCCCGACGUCGAAUGGGGGGCGGAUCCUCCUUUACAAACCCUCCACUUGCUCUUGCUCGGUUCGCAGAGGCCUUUGUGUGACUGUAAAGUAUCUUGGAGUGUCUCGUUGCUCGAUUCAACGACAUGCGCGCCCACCAAUCGAACACUCCCGCGGAUGCCCGAUUUCCCUCUCCCAGAGAAGGCGUGCCACACCCAUGCCUUGCAAUCCUCAAGGAGUACAGACCGGAAACCUCGCCAAGGUAUUUAUUUACAUCCCAUCUCGGGCCUCCCUUGGGGGCUCGGGCUAGGUCCUCCGGAUGCUGUACCUGCCCAGACUCACAGCGGAGGAGGGUAUGGAGAGAAUCCCUCGCCGCCCGUGGGCACGCGCACCCCCAGCCAGACUCGAAUAAAUGUCGUCGAUGAUGGACCCCCGGCUCCGUCUCAGAUUCCAUCAAGUGGCACCGAGCAAUGGAUCCCCUUGCUCCUGCCGACGAGGUCGCAUGUGUUAUACAGAACACAUACGACGAGCAGCAGGGUGACAAUGAGAAGGAAAACACAGCAGUGGCCGCGGCCGCCGCCGGACACUCGUGCCCGCGUUGUAGAAGGCGGCAUCCCUGUUGUCAUCCGUGUUGCUGUGGGUAGCAAGGGCGCCCUCUCAUACGCGUGGCGGGGUCUUGGUGCGAAGAACCUGGGGCGAUCUUCCUCGGCAUCGGUCAGGUCAGGGUACGAGUCCGGUAAGCGAGGGGUGGGAGGAUAUGUCAAACGGCCUGGAGGCCAUAG